GAAAAUUAGCUUCUUAUUCUUGUUUUUGGUUUGUUUAUUUCAAAUUGAUUUUGUCCAAUGCAUUUUAGUCAUCAAUUCUUUUCGUGAUGUUCUCGGGGGGAUCGUCAUUUUGAUGUCAUUAAUGUUAUUAAAGCAUAAAGGUUUUUAAGAUCGGGUUUUUUUUUUCGGAGUCACUGCUGAUUAUGGAGUCUCCGAUUUGUACGGUGUCGUUCCCCCGAACGGCCAGCCAAGUUCCUGUGACAAACUCCGGCUCCGACGAGUCUUUCAACCAUGGAUAGGAUUAGAUUAUUUUUGUGUAAUCCAAAGUAUUCCUUCUGAUUUGAUUACAGUUCUAAUGAUUAUAUCUGUUACAUUUAUUCUAUGUGUUUACAAUGAUUUUCAGCCAGUAUUAGACUCAAAUGAAUAGUUGAGAGACUAUCCUUGCUUCUAAUGUUGGUUCGUUGGUCUUGCAUUUCCUGAGUGGUUUAAUACUUUAGAUAUCUUAAAAUUAACCAUUUACUGGUGGGAGCUGCCUUUUAAGGUGGUCGACUUGAAAACCUAUAAAAAUUGCAAUGCCAUGACUUUAACAAUUAGUGUGAGCUUAUGAGUUGCUUCUAUUCUCUUGUUUGACAUUACAAGGAGAAGCUCCUUGUGAAUUUAUAGUGUCUUUUAUAUCACAACGUGCUAACAGGUGUUUCAUUAAGAACAGCAGUGUAAUAAAGCAAAGUCGAGUCAAGUUUAUGGCUUAUGAGCUCAAGCUGAACUUUGAAGUGCUCAAACAAAUGAAGUUGAGCUCGAGCUGUUUUACUUGAACAUUUGCUGCUGAAUGAGCUGGUAAUUUGCUACUAUAUUGAAUGUGAAGAUUAUGCUGUCCUUAAUGUUCUUCUACUUUAGUUAAUUAAUGAGUAUACACCGUUUAUGUGUCUUUGUGUGUGUGUGUGUAUUCUUUCAACAAUUCAAAAUGCUAAUUUCUUACUGUAUUCAAGUUAGGCAUGGACUCUGUUGAUAGAUUCAAGACGAUUGUUAAGAUAAGAAGCAAAAGUCUACAUUCAUGUCCAGUUAGUGUCAAGUACGUAAAGUCAGGUUCUUGUAUUUUUUGUGGAACUUGACAAGGAGUGAAUGAUGCUUGACAGAAUUAGAGUCUUGUAAUAAAUACAAUUCUAUAGCUAGAUUAGAACUGACUGCAAAGCAUUCAAUAGAAUAAUUUUCUGCUGGAGACUUUGCUUGUGCACUUUUUUGCUUUCUGCAUGUUUCCUGGUGUUUAGCUGAUAUUUUUUGAAAUGAUUGAAAAGGAACACCCUCCCCCGACCCUCCCAAAAAAAAAAGGAAGUAGUCAGGUUCUGGAUUGUAAGGUUCAAUGCUUGUGAAUAUAAUCAAUAUGGAGAUGAUUUCAGCUGCACAGGAACUCAAAAGAAAUGUUGAUUCGAUCAUACCCUGUGGUGUUCAGAAAUGAAUUCUCCUUCACUUGGGAACUAGUGCUUGACUAGGAGAAGAUUACUGAUGGCAGCUUCAGCUGAAGAAUAUGCGGCAUUUGAAGAAAGGAGCCUCCCACGAGCUGCUUUGGUGGAGAUGGAAACUCUGAAGCAGGCCUCUGCGAUCAUUGCUGAGAUGGCUGAUUCUCCCUUUAUGGUCCUUGGGAUGCCAAGACCUGUCAGAGCACGUGCUGCAGAAGUAGAAAUGUUUGACAGUCGCCCAAAGAAACCUGGCAGGAAGAUCACUUACAAGUGGCUGGACCCUGAAGAUCCUGAUUUUGAGGUUGCCAGGAAGAUUAAGGUUUUGACCAGAAAGCAUGCUUCUGAAACCGAAUUCCUGCUCAAUCAGCAUCAACUCAAGGAGGAGGAAAACCUUGCAAACCAGCAGCUGGAGAACUUGAAAGCGCACUAUAAGAAAUAUGAGUUGAUAGAUGGUGUCCUAUCUGACAAUACUGCCAAGAAAUUAGCAGAUCGAUACAGGAUACCUCUUUCAGAUGCUUGAAAGAGUUCCUCUUCAAUGUGAUUUAGCAUGUGAACAUUUGUAGUAGCUGUAUAUGCCGUUUGCGCUUCGUUUUGUAUAUAAGUUUUAUCGCUGGAGGUGAUUUGGCAUUCACUGCAAUCUUAAAAGAGCUUAGAUUAGUUGCAGGCUUGUGCUUAUUGUUGAAGGAUCUGCUUUUCCUUGCUAUAUUUGGUAAAUUCUUGCUUGUUACGAGAUUUGGUA